AUGAGCUCAGAGGGGCUGCCAGGAGAGCUUCCCACCAUGAAUGGAUUCUCAAACUGCUCUGCCAACCACACCAGGGUCUGGAGUCACUACCUGGUGCUGGCCCUGGGGAUCCCCCAGCUGACCAUCAACGUCACCUCCGUCAUCUUCAACGGGCUGGUCAUCGUCACCCGCCUGGCCACCAGGGACCUGCACAAGCCCAUCUCCAUCCUCUUCUGCAACCUGGCCGUGUCUGACCUCUUCACCAGCUUCUCUGGCUUCUGGAUUUCCAUGCUGUUCAUCACCAACCCCGACGUCACCAUCUUUGGCUCGCAGGACAUGCUGGCUCCCUACUCCCUGUACACCACCUCCAUCCUGUCCGCCAUCUACAACCAGGUGAGCAUCGGCAUCGAGCGCUACCUGGCCGUGGCCAGGAGCAUGAGGACGAGGUUCAGGGUGGCCAGGCACCACUCCAUCGCCGUGGUCUUCAUCAGCUGGCUGCUGGCUUUCCUGCUGGGCUGCCUGCCCCUGAUGGGCUGGAACUGCCUGCGGGCAGAGAGGAGCGUCUCGGUGCUCUACAGCCCCUUCUGCGUCAACUACCUCGUCUUCAUCACCAUGCCCAACGUGGUGGUGGCCUUCCUCGUGCCUCUCUUCACCUACCUGCGCAUCAUCCUCAUCCUGAGGAGGAGGAAGCUGCGGAUGCAGGCGUGCGGCCAAGCCAGCAGCAGCUACAAGUCGGCGGAGACGCAGGUGGCCAGAACCAGCAUCUCCAUCUGGCUGCUGGCCCUGGUGUCCUACGCGCCCUUCCUGGCCGGCGUCAUCUUCGACGCCGCCAACCGGCGCUGCCACACCGACCUCUACCCCGGCGCCUACAUCUUCAGGAACUGCACGGCCAUGCUGAUCACCAGCACCUGCCUGGGCAACCCCCUGCUCUACACGCUCAGCUUCAGGGCGCUGGGGGCCAGGCUGAAGGCGCUGCGCUGCCUCUCGGCCUCGCGCGUGCGCGCCGUGCACAACGGGGCAGGAAAACCUGGGGAUGUGGCUCAAAUCCACACCGAGGGGGCAGGAAAACCUGGGGAUGUGGCUCAAAUCCACACCGAGGGGGCAGGAAAACCUGGGGAUGUGGCUCAAAUCCACACCGAGGGGGCAGGAAAACCUGGGGAUGUGGCUCAAAUCCACACCGAGGGGGCAGGAAAACCUGGGGAUGUGGCUCAAAUCCACACCGAGGGGGCAGGAAAACCUGGGGAUGUGGCUCAAAUCCACACCGAGGGGGCAGGAAAACCUGGGGAUGUGGCUCAAAUCCACACCGAGGGGGCAGGAAAACCUGGGGAUGUGGCUCAAAUCCACACCGAGGGGGCAGGAAAACCUGGGGAUGUGGCUCAAAUCCACACCGAGGGGGCAGGAAAACCUGGGGAUGUGGCUCAAAUCCACACCGAGGGGGCAGGAAAACCUGGGGAUGUGGCUCAAAUCCACACCGAGGGGGCAGGAAAACCUGGGGAUGUGGCUCAAAUCCACACCGAGGGGGCAGGAAAACCUGGGGAUGUGGCCCAGACCCACACUGAGGGGGCAGGAAAAUGUGUGGAUGUGGCCCUCGAUGGCGUUCUGUGGUAA